CCCUCUUUCAAAUAGAUAUCUUUGGUGUCAUUUCCCGACAUGCGUCUCGGAGGUAGUAUCAAAUCCCUGGAAAUCAAUAGAACAGAUGUUUGAAGUGUUUCUCGCUUUGGGAUGUGAGGCGACCUCUCCUCCUCCUCUCCUCAUGCCCAGUCAACUUUUUCUCCUUUUCCGUUUUUACAUUCAGUUGCCAUGGCAACACUCCAUCCGUCACCACAUCAGCACUUUGCACCACUGUUUAUGCCGGUGUUUUCGAGGAAGUACAGUAUCCAUAUAGAUGCGUGAAUGCAAUGCUGAUGCAACCGAAUUAAAAACAUGCCACACCUCGUCGUCUCAGAAAAUGCACGACAGGUGUGAAUACUAAAUAACUGUGCAUAAUAAUGCUGGUCUCGAGAGAAUGCACACCUUCUCUUGAUGUCAAGCUGCAGUGCAUAGCCGCCCCCCCCCCACCCCACAACUAGAGUUGUCAAGCAGAAGGAACGCCAUUAGACACAUGCAGCGUCAGCCUUGUUAUGCUCUGACGUGCCUCCACUUCACCAUCUCAUCCUGCGGCCCACGGGGGGGCUGUUGUCGUGUUAUCGACCGACCGACUGUAGAAGAGGGGUUUCUUUACUCAAGGUGUGGCUGAACAUCCUUCCUGUGGAGCGUUUAGAGAGAGCGAAGGAUGACACCAUGUGCACCUUGAUGUGUCUUCGUGACCCGCGUCAGUGAUUUUAUCAUCACUGAUCCACGCCUCUGCAUUGGUUGUCGUUGUGCGCAGCCCUCGUCCAGAGAGGAGUUCUGGGUACCUCCAUGGCGGGGGAGAAGGGCCGUCGCAGCGCCAUGGAUAUCAAGCGCCUAGCGGGCCUUCUGCAGCGUGGAGCCGGGCGAUUGCUGGUCAUCGACAGUCGGACUUUCUCGGAGUACAAUGCCUCACAUGUGCAUGGCGCUGUCAAUGUCUGCUGCUCCAAACUGGUCAAGAGGAGGCUUCAGCAGGACAAGGUGUCAGUUACCGAGCUCCUCCAGCCCAACGGAAAGGUCAAGGUGGACCUGGGCCGCAGGCAGGAGGUGGUGGUGUACGAUCAGAGCACGAAAGACGCCGGGCAGCUCCCCAAAGACAGCUUCGUCCACAUCCUCCUGAGCAAGCUGGACGGCUCCUUCCACAGGGUGUCUCUGCUGACAGGUGGUUUUGCAGCAUUCUCAUCCUGUUUCCCAGGCCUGUGUGAAGGCAAGCCAGUGGCCACUCUGCCUAUGAGUUUGUCUCAGCCAUGUCUGCCUGUGGCAAAUGUUGGUCCCACACGAAUCCUGCCCCAUCUCUACCUGGGCUCCCAAAAAGAUGUGCUCAACAAGGAUCUGAUGGCUCAAAACGGCAUCACAUAUGUGUUAAAUGCAAGCAACACCUGCCCAAAGCCAGAGUUCAUCUCCGAAAGCCAUUUCAUGCGAAUUCCCGUCAAUGACAACUACUGUGAAAAACUCCUGCCAUGGCUAGACAAAACCAACGACUUUAUUGACAAAGCCAAGGUUUCCAACUGUCGAGUCAUUGUGCAUUGUUUAGCUGGCAUCUCCAGGUCAGCUACCAUCGCCAUCGCUUAUAUCAUGAAGACAAUGGGCUUGUCAUCAGAUGACGCUUACAGGUUUGUGAAGGACCGAAGACCUUCAAUAUCACCCAACUUCAACUUCCUGGGACAGCUGCUGGAGUUCGAGAAAGGUCUGAGAUUACUAAAGGCUCUGUCCUCGGGUCAGGAGAAGUUGGAGCAGUUGAAGGAAUUGUCAGAACCUAGAGGAGAAUUUUCCAGUAAUCCUGAAAAGGGUCGUCUGGAGGCUGAGAAGAACAGCACUGAAUUGGACACCAAGCUUCCUUCUCCAACCUCCCUCCAGCAGGGCUUUAAUGGCUUGAAUCUUUCAGCAGAGCGUAUCCUAGACACCAACCGGCUCAAACGCUCUUUCUCACUUGACAUCAAAUCAGUCUACGAGCCCAACCACUGUCCUCGCCUCACGCCUGCGCAUACCGAAGAUGUUCCCAAACUCUGCAAGCUGGAUAGCCCAGAGGCUGGAGAAGCCAAUGGAGUAUGCCAGUACUCACCCAUCAGCCCCAGUUUAGCUGAAUCUCCAAGCCUCUUUCCUGAGAGCAGCUCCCGACCUCGUUUGCGGAGGAAAAGCAAGCACAAUGGAAGCAGCGCUGGAAGUUCUCCUGUGCACUCGCACUUCGGACACUCACUUCCCACACACAAAAGUCCCAGUUUUGACGACAAUCUGAAGCCCUCUCUGCUGCUCAGCCUUCCCACUGUGGGCACCGGGCCCAUGUGGACCAAGCAUAGAGACACCGUACAGGCCACAACCCCUGUUACGCCAACAGGCGAAGCCCCUUGGUUCUACAGCUCGGAGUCAAUGAACAGUAAUGGAGGUGGAGGAGGGGUGGUACACUUUCCUGCACUAGGAUGCAGCAGCCUUCCCGGCCCAUGCGAGGCUGUGCGUCUGCGGGAGAAGGUGGGGGAGCCACGGGACUCGAGGGGCAGCUGGCACGAGGACGCUCCCACUUCCAGUGCUGCCGAUAAACAGUUCAAGCGGCGCAGCUGUCAGAUGGAGUUCGAAGAGGGCAUAUCGGAGACACGCUCAAGGGAGGAACUGGGAAAGAUCAGCAAACAGUCCAGCUUCUCUGGAAGCAUGGAAAUCAUUGAAGUAUCCUGACAUCACCUUCACAGCCCCUGGAGACUUUAAUGCACAGACAGACAGACGCCACUUAUGAGUAAGGAUGACUAAGAGUGGGCCUGGCAAGGCUGUGGUACAUUCAUAUUAGUUCAUAGGAUUGUUAAUAAUGACUAGUUCUCAGAAAUUGAACUUUUUUUUGUCUUUUUAAGCCGGUGGAACCGGACGCAGAUUGACUUUGCUUUGUCUUUCUACUGUUUUUAAGCCAUAGCCAUCCCCAGAUGACAGCGAGCUGAGACUGCAGUGGCAGAAUCCCUCGUUUCCUCACUCUAGAAACAGACCACCCUAUUCCUCAUAAAAGCUUUACCAGCCUUUUGGUGUAUUGAGAAUCAAGCAUGGCUGUUAUGUUCACACUUGUUUCUUUUAUUGUGCUGCCCUGGACUCAGUGAAGUUACACCGCCACAGCACAAGGAGUCAGCACAGACUAAGCCUUGGUGGUACAUGCUUUUAGGGGCUGAAUGAAGGCCUCUUUGUGCGGUGUUCUUGUCCACCCUGCUCCUGUAUCCUAGCAUUCAUGGAAUCCUGGAGGAGGAACCAGGCAUGUCAUGAAGGAAACGCAUUCUGGGCGUUUUCCAAUAAUGUUCUCUGUCAUUCUUUUGUUACCAAGAUUUCAGGGUCUAGUCCUUCCCCUCCUGUGCCCAAGUGGUGAUGCACGAACUGUUGUGCAACCCACGUUCCUCUCACUAAGCAUGCGUCAAUGCUGCUGGUAUCCUUACAAACAAAUAGUAUAUGAACUAUACACAGUGAUUUCAAUGGACGUCUAAAGUUUUUUUUUUCUUUUCAUUUUCUUAGUUACAGUUUUAAUUUAUUCUACUGGAUCAUUCUGGUAAUGAGAAAUAAUAUAAAGAUUGUGGAGUUUUUAUUUUUCCUCUUUUUCAGUGUUGAUCUCUCUUUUUCUGUGACAUUUACAAAAAUACACUCACAAAACUGAUACACAACUACAAGCAAUAUGUGUUUUUACUUGUGUGUUUUUUUUUUUGUCCUCCUUUUUCUUUAUAAGGGAGUGCAGUUAUUACCAGGAAUUAUCUGAUGUUUAAAUGCACUUUCUUUUGCUUUAAGAGGGAAGUUUUACAACGUUCUCAUUAAAAGGGUACCACAGCGCUUUACAAAAAAAUCAUGUGUAACCAUUGAUGUCCUGCAGUGUCACAAACUAAAGCAUUUGGUGUGGCUUUCGUUUGUCUCUCCAACCUGCUGGCUUGAAUAAUUAAAGACUUUAAUCCAGCAUGAAUAUUCUAGAGUAAUCUAGAAAAAUAUGUAUGAUACCCCAGCAUUGUAAAAUGAGUAGCGACUCAUUUUGAUUUUCAAGAAUUUGAUUUUUGUAUUAACAAGCACACAAGACGAAAUGAAGGGAAAAAUGACAGGGACUCUAAAGGGGUUUGUCUGUGUCCCCCAUUUGUUCUGCAUAUUUAUGACAUUAUUUAUUGUUUGUUUGGGUCUGAUUGCGGGAGGAUGUGUGGAUUGAUGUUGUGAAUGACUGACAGAAGGACCCUUUGCAGAUGCUCUUAUAAACUGCCGUCUUGGAGAGGAGAUCAACCGCUAACCUUUUCAUCAGCAAAAAAGAAUACACAACUACAUGCAUUUGAACCUGGCUGAUGGCCUGACAGUUAUGUCUGCUGAUCAACUAGUUUUUAUUGGAUUAUAAACUUUAUAUGAAAGACCAGUAACUGAUAAGAACAGAGUCUGCACUACGGUGACAAUACAUUCUGCUUGCUUUCUUCUCAGGGGAGCUUUUAAUGAGUCAAUUACAUGUCUGAGCUCAGAGCUUUCUCUAUUUAUCCCUUUUCUCCAUCUCUCUUUAGCACAAAUUUCUCUUCUAUUCUUUCUCUCCUUCACUCCCCCUUUCCCUUCAUCCUCUCUGUUUCUCUCAGAAUCUCUAGAAAGCUCCAAAGGAUAAAUAUAACACAGAAAGGGUGUGUGUGUGUGUGUGUGUGUGUGUGUGCAAAUGUGAAUGGGAUUGCCCUAUCCAUGGGAAAUAGUUCAGCAAUUUAUUUAUGUCUGUAUUUUUCAGUUAGCUUUUCCGUAUGGCAAAUCUUGUAUUUGUGCUGCUGUAAGUUUUUUCCUUGUGUGAGACAUUACCUGUAUUUCCUUUUCCUUCCCUGUACUAUAAUUUUAAAGACAUUGUUAUCAUUAUUUAAAACAUGUAAUAAAAAGAUGCAGGCUGUCCUUUUUGCUGAAAUUGUCAAAUAGUUGGCAACUUAUUAUUAUUAUUAUUAUUAUUAUAUUUUGUGUGGAUAGCAUCGUAUCAACAAAACUAAUUGAUAUAGGGAUUUUUUUCUGAGAGAAAAUCUUGAUACCUUAGGCUGCUUGACGCAAAAUACCUCAGGUUCUUUUGAAAGGCUUGUUCCUCCCCAUGUACCCAUUUUGUGACGAUGAAACAAAAUACAAACAUUACAAAAUA